AUGUACAGUGAUUGCGGAACAAAUUUUCAAGGCGCAAGUAAAGAACUUCGUGUUGCAUUUGAAAGCGCAGUUGAAAGUGUCGAAUUUAAAAAUAUAAUCGCUAAAGAUCGCAUUCAAUGGAGAUUUAAUCCUCCGGCAGCGCCUCACUUCGGAGGUCUAUGGGAGGCGUCCGUUAAAAGUAUGAAAGCAAAGCUUGUCAAGUUGUUUGGUUCGAGUACUCCGACAUAUGAGGAAUUAUCUACUGCAAUUUAUCAAAUUUCUGCUAUUUUGAAUUCGCGGCCUUUAACUCCAAUCACCGAGCAUAUUGACGAUUUAAAUGUAUUAACACCGGCUCAUUUUUUAAUAGGUGGCUCGUUUUCGGCUAUUCCUCAACCAUCGCUUUGUCAUUUAAAACAAAAUCAAUUAUCGCGGUGGCAACAUAUGCUACAAUGUACUGAAAGUUUUUGGAAUCAGUGGUUAAAUGAUUACUUACGGACUUUACAACAACGUUUCAAAUGGCAAGAUGUCGAGGAUUCUAUCAUUGUUGGUCAAAUGGUGUUAUUGCGACGACCAAACGUUCCGCCUACAAAAUGGGUGCUAGGUAGAAUCAUAGAAAUUAAGAGAUCGUCUGACAAUUUAGAUAGAGUUGUAAAAGUUAAAACAUCUACUUCCGAAUAUUUGCGUCCUAUUACUGAAGUGGUUGUAUUACCAUUUCAAGCGAACAGUAAUGAAUCUGAUAUGUAA